AUUUUUCUAUACAGGUGGAGGAUGGGGGGGGGGUGGACGUCCUUAUCCCGGUAGAUUUAAUUGGAGAGUGCACACAGAGGCUGGAAUCCAACAGCAACACAAGUUGAAUCAGUACCUAAAGAAUUGAGGCUUUGUUAUUGUCAUGAAACUGAACAGAUACACUUUAAUGGGAGUGAAUAUGGUAAACGUCUCCUGCGAUCCCUUUACGUGCCAUGCGACGACCACACAACACUGCAGGCUUUAGCAUUCUCCACCAGCAAUGCACAUUUCGUCCAUGAGCUAAAAACAUUCCAUAUUUCGAGACGGAAUAUGCCUGAGGGAAGGAAGAGAAAAAGGAAAACGCUACCACCUCAAUCAUUGACUAUCAAACUUCCACAGGAAACAGUUCUGUUGCAAGAGGUACAAAUACUGAAAGACAAAAUGAUCGGUGAAUACAAAGUAGAACAAAUUCGAUUGUCUCUGGCACCUUCCACAUUCGGGUAUGUCAUACUCAUCUCUGGCACCUUCCACAUUCAGAUGUCGAGAAUUGGAUGAGGCCGGGAUUGAGUCCAUCAAAAGAAGCAUCAGGGAGGUGCCCGGAACUUUGAUUACGAAACUGCCUGCCCUACUGGAUCCUUCUGUGGUCAAGGAUCCAUCCGAGUUCACUGGGGAGAUGGUACAGGACGAAUGCAUUGCUAUGUUCCUCCUGGGAGGGAAUCAACUCCUAUCAGCAUGUUCCCAGUUGCUCCGAGAGGAGGGAGACAAUGAAGUCUUGGCUCCUUAUCGGGAAGUCUUCUCAAACGUAGGGGUGGGAUGGGAGGAUGGAUCUCAAACCUGUUCGUUCUUUGGGACUGUCAAUGAAUGUGAAGUUCAGAUUGAACUGUAUGUGGGGUUGUCACCUGAGGAGGGGAAGUUGGUGGGGAACCUCCACAACAAAAGAGCAACAAAGAAGGACAUCAACUUCCAGAAUAAAGUUCGUCAGAUCGACACGAGCCAUUUACCUCAGGGACGAAAUUGUCGACCAAUGGAAGUAUACGUCCUCCGUCCUCUUGUCCCACAUAAAGCAAAAGGAUUGUCCGAAGGAUAGUCUAUCGAUUGUAUUUGGUGUAGCCUCACUCCCAGACGAUGUCUUCCAUGAAGUUGAGAGGAUCUUCAAGCUCUGGGGUAGUGAAAAUAUGCCACAACAGGGUAAUAAUUUAAUCGAUACAUGUAUUUUCCGCUAUCACUAUUCAUUUUGGUUAUUUAUCAUUCUUUUCAAAUCAUCACUUGGCCUCCCUUAUGAUGUGGUUUUGCAAUAUCUGAGACAAGUGGAGGAGAGAAAUGAUGCCAAAACGGUCUCAGAAAUGAUUAAGAAAGAGAAGGCCAAGAUCGUCCUGAAGAGAGUUUUUAUGGAGAGGACGGGCUGUUCUUCAUGGGAGGAAGCGGAGAUAGAGUUCCUUCCUUACAUUCAUAACAUUGAUAGAUUUCUUGAUGCAAAAGUCAACCAGAAAUUGGUACCAACAGCCUUUGUCAAAGCCUGUGAUGCUGCAAGAAACCGCGCCCCUCCUGAAGAAAACAUAUUUGAUGUAAGAGUUAUGGUGAAUGGGGAAGACGUACUAGAUGCACAGAUACAGAGGCUUAUUGCCUCCGAUGUAUUAAAAUUCAAAAGUAAGAUAGAAAGGAAAAUUAGGGCAUUAAGAAAUUAGGCAAUUGUUUUUUUUUUUGCACCAAGAGGGCGGGGGAGGGGUGUUAAGGGUUGUUCAAUAUACAAGAAAUUAGGCAUAAAUUUUUCAUAUUUAGGGUGAGAUUACUGGUACUGUGAAAUUUUACUUUGUGAAUAUUAGUUUAAAUAAUGUUUUAUUGAAUAAGAUGAAGCAAAAGGCAAAGCUUCUUACAAAGUCAAUGUAAUGUUAUAAAUAGUUUGAUGAAAUGGGAUAGGUAGUUAAUGCUGAUUUGGUAAGAGAGAGAGAGAGAGAGAGAGGAUAUCCACUUCACUGAAGGAAAUACUGUUGAGUUGGAAAACAUGGAUUUAGCAACCUUAUUGUCAUGUAUUGUCUAAUUUCAUAGUAACUCUAUACUGUACUUUUUAGCUCACCUGAGCCAAAGGCUCAAGUGAGCUUUUCUGAUUAGAAUUUGUCCCUUGUCUGUCAUCUCAUAAACUUUUCACAUUUUCAUCUCCAGAACCACAGGGUCAAUUUCAAUCAAACUUGGAACAAUGCAUCCUUGGGUGAAGGGCUUUCAGGUUUGUUGAAAUGAAGGGCCAUGCCCUUUUCAAAGGGGAGAUAAUUGCAAAAAUAGGGUGGGUCAUUUAAAAAUCUUUUUCUAAAGAACAACUGGGCCAGAGAAGCUGACAUUUACAUCUAAGCUUUCUGACAUAGUGCAUAUUCAAGUUUGUUGAAAUCAUGGCCACCGGGGGUAGGAUGGGGCCAUAAUAGAGGAUCAAAGUUUUACAUGGGAAUAAAUAGGGAAAAUCUUUAAAAAUCUUCUCAAGAACCAUUGGGCCAGGAAAGUAGAAAUUUACAUGAAAGCUUCCUGACAGUGCAAAUUCAAGUUUGUUCAAAUCAUGGUCCCCAGGGGUAGGAUGGGGCCACAAUAGGGGAUCAAAAUUUUACAUACAAAUAUAUAGGAAGAAAAUCUUUUUCUCAAGAACCACUGGACUAGGAAAGUACAAAUUUACAUGAAAGCUUCCUUACAUAGUGCAAAUUCAAGAUUGUUCAAAUCAUGGCCACCGGGGGUAGGAUGGGGCCACAAUAAGGGAUCAAAGUUUUACAUACAAAUAUAUAGGGAAAAUCAUUUAAAAUCUUCAAGAAUCAUUGGGCCAGAAAAGUUAACAAAAGCUUGCUGACAUAGUGCAGAUUCAAGUUUGUUCAAAUCAUGGCCCAUGGGGGUUAGAAUGGGGCCGCAAUAGGGGAUCAAAAUUUUGCAUUCUAAUAUAUAGAGAAAAUCAUUAAGAAUAUUCUUCUCAAGAACCAUUGGCCCAAAGAAGCUUGCAUUUACAUGAAAGCUUCCUGACAUAGUGCAGAUUCGAGUUUGUAAAAAUCAUGGUCCUUGGGGGUAGGUUGGGGCCACAAUAGGGACCAAAGUUUUACAUGCAAAUAUGUAUGAAAAAUCUUUAGAUAUGAGCCAAGGUGACUCAGGUGCGUGAUGUGGCCCAUGGGCCUCUUGUUUUAAAUCACAAUAUCAUCUAAAACAUUUGUAAAGUAGCCUUUACAACCCUCCUCGUGUAUGUCCAUCCUCUAAUUUCAUACUGUAUUCAGCUUUUUCAUUUGCAAAUCACUACUGAAUCGUUACAAGUACAACUAUAUCACCAACUUUGAUGUUCGUGAAAAACAAAGCUUUUCCCUUUAUGAAGUUCAUUCUGUAAAUAAUACCUUUGUAUAUAGGAAUUACUUUUUAUACCCCCCGCAACAAGUUGUGGGGGGGGUAUAUUGGAAUCGGGUUGUCCGUCUGUCUGUCCGUCCGUCUGUAGACGCAAUGGUUUCCGGGCUCUAAAGCAUUAUCCUUUCCACCUACCGUCACCAUAUCAUACAUAUGGACUACCCAUGGGAUGAAGAUGUUCCCUAUCGAUUUUGGGGUCAAAAGGUCAAAGGUCAUGCGCACUGGACAUCGAAGUAGCAAUAUGGUUUCCGGGCUCUAAAGCGUUAUCCUUUCCACCUACCGUCACCAUAUCAUACAUAUGGACUACCCAUGGGAUGAAGAUGUUCCCUAUCGAUUUUGGGGUCAAAAGGUCAAAGGUCACGUGCACUGGACAUCGAAGUAGCAAUAUGGUUUGGUUUGUCAUGCCAUUUGAUUUUUACACUCAGAAAAGAGGUAGUUUAUACCUAUUACCAACACCCUUUGGGAGAUUGGGGUAAGCGGGGGAUAUUCUUAGUGAGCAUUGCUCACAGUACCUCUUGUUUAUACUAAUUAUUUAAAACAAUUUGUAUCUUAAUCAUAUUUCAAAUAUACAUCUGUAUCUUGUUUUGUGUUACGCUGUUUACAUAAAAUUUCUGAUAUUGUGAGAGUGUGGGGUGUUUCAUAUCAUUUUGUAUGCAGUGUCUUUUAUUCCCAUGUAUCAUCAAUCUGUAGUAAAUAUUACUCAUGUACAUUUUGUUCUUAUAAAUGUUGAUUGGUUUAUUCUAUGCUGGAUAUAAUUUUGGUUAAUAUUGUGAAAAAUAUAUAAAAGAAAUUUGAUUCACCUGAA